AUGCCGCAAUGUCCACAUGACCUCAACUACACUUCUCACAUAUUCCAGCUACGGAUUACUACCUCCACUUUAAAACCUCCUUGUAUACCCGAUAGCAAUCUUUUUGAACUUCUGACCGUCGGCGACCUCCUGAAUGAUCAUCGGUGCGCCACUUACGACGAGCUUAAGGAGGCCAUUCUUAGGCGAGCAGCACCUAACUCUCUGACCGCGUUAAGCUCCUUCCUCUCGUCUGAAGCCGCGGACAGCCGUACUCCCACAGAAAUCCUUCACCACUUCCAGCGCCUCCUCACCCGCACCGGCACGACGCUCCCACUAGUCAUGUGCUCUCUCUUCCUUAAGCGGCUGCCCGCUGUUAUCCAGCAAAUCCUGCUGGUGCCAGAUGCCCCACUUGAGCACCUUGCCCUAAAAGCCGACUCGAUGCUCGCAGCUAGGGCACCCACACCGCCAAAAGCGACAGUGUCUGCUGCAACCACCACCUCCGCCGUGACGUUGGGAUCCCUUGCAGCUCACGUCGCCACACUAUCUGAGGCUGUGCAGAAGAUAUCUACACAGGAACGCUCUCGCUCCCGGCCUCGCUGUCGCACCCCUUCACCGCCACACAGUGACCGGGACCAGAUUGGAGGGUACCGCGGAAACUGGGCGCCCAUCAAUACUUACGGCGAGUAUUCGAGGAGCCUCUCGCUGGAAGGCGAGCCCGCCCAACGAUUCCAGUGGAUCUUCCUCGUCGCCGACGUCCCUCAACCCAUCAUCGGCGCCGACUUCUUGGCGCACUACGGUCUGACGGUUGAUUUUCAAGGCGAGCCCGCCCAACGAUUCCAGUGGAUCUUCCUCGUCGCCGACGUCCCUCAGCCCACCAUCGGCGCCGACUUCUUGGCGCACUACGGUGUGACGGUUGAUCUUCAAGUGCUUCCCAGGACCUGCGCCUUCAAGAACAUCCUGCGGGAAUUCGCGGCCUUGACAAAGCCGAUCAACCGGGCCACCCAACCACGGCACGAAGUCCGGCACCACAUCGUCACCCACGGUCCCCCUGCCCACUCUCGCUCCCGUCCGCUCGCCCCUGACAGAUGUCGCAGUGCCAGGGCGGAGUUCGUCCAUAUGAUGCAGUUGGGGAUUAUACGCCCUUCAAGCAGUCAAUGGGCGGCCCCUCUGCAUCAGGUGAAAAAGAAGGAUGGUGACUGGCGCCCGUGCGGUGAUUACCGUCACCUCAACACGAUCACCGCCCCCGACAGAUACCCCCUGCCGCACCUGCACUCCUCCCACGAGCUGUCUGGCUGUACGUUUUUUUCCAGGAUCGACCUCGUGCGGGCCUUCCACCAAAUCCCGAUCGCUGAAGAGGACAUCCCCAAGACGGCCGUGAUCACACCUUUCAGCCUCUUUGAAUUCCUCAGGAUGCCCUUCGGUCUUCGGAACGCCGCCCAGACCUUCCAGCGAUUCAUAAACGACGUGACUCGCGGCCUUGAGAGCGUCUUCGCCUACAUCGACGACAUCCUCGUCGCCAGCAUCUCAGAAGCAGACCACGUCCGCCAUCUCCGCGACCUCUUCGGCAGACUGCAAGACGCGGGCGUCGGUAUCAACCCGGGAAAAUGCCAGUUCGGUGUCGCUUCCCUCUCUUUCCUCGGCCACACCGUCACCCCCCAAGGCAUCACCCCAGCGCAGGAGAAGGUCACCGCUAUAAGGAAGUUCCCCAGGCCAGCGACGGAGAAGCAGCUGCGGAAAUUCCUGGGCAUGUUUAACUUCUACAGAAGGUUUGUCCUCCGACACUGCCAUCGGUGCGGUCCUCCAACCCUGUCGCCACGCCAGUCACGGUACAGUGCCUUCGGAAGGGAGCUCCUGGCAGCAUACUCCGCGGUGAGGCAUUUCCAGCCGUCUGUGGAGGCUAAGGAAUUCCACAUCCUGACGGACCACAAACCCCUCACCUUCGCCUUACACUCGAGGACCCGCCGCCAAUCCCCUCGCGAGGAGCGCCACCUGGACUUCAUUUCCCAGUUCACGACGGACAUCCACCACAUUCGGGGCUCGGACAAUGAGGCCGCCGAUGCUCUGUCGAGGGUGACCAUAUCUGCUGCGACUCUCGCCGACGACGCAGUGGACUACCAUGUAGUAAGCAGAGAAGGGCCAGACUUCCUUCUACCUUGA